AUGGCUGCUGUUCAGAACACCCCCGAGGUCAGCAACCUCAAGACCGAGGAGACUGCUCCCGCUGUCACCGCCGCCGUCGAGACCCCUAAGAUCGAGGAGACCCCCAUCGCCAGCACCCAGCCCACCGAGGAGAGCAAGACUGCCGAGGAGCCCAAGUCUGAGGACAAGGUCGCCGACGAGGCCAAGCCCGCCGAGGAGACCACUACCGACGCCAAUGCGGAGGAGAAGAAGAAGGAGGAGGCCAAGCCUAUUGAGGAGGGUCAUCUCGGCCACAAGGCGCAGGGCGCCAGCUUCCCCAAGAACCUGAUCGGAAGCAAGGAGUUCUUCUUCUUCGGCACCGACGCUGUCGCGCCCAAGGCCCUGACCGGCUACCAGAAGAACGAGAAGUCCACCGCCACCUACCAGAGCAACGUUGCCUGGGCUUCGGAGACUGGCAAGGGUCUUCUCUUCAUUGGCGAGAAGUCUGCCCCCACCGGCAUCAUCAACCUGUCCGAUGCCACCGAGCCCGAGACUGAGGGCGCCAACAAGUUCACCCUGACCUCCAAGGGUAACAAGCACAGCUUCAAGGCCGCCAACGCCGCUGAGCGCGACAACUGGGUCGCUCAGCUCAAGCUCAAGAUCGCUGAGGCCAAGGAGCUCGCCGCGACCGUCACCGAGUCUGCCACUUACAAGAGCACCGUUGAGAGCUUCACCCCCAAGAAGGAGGAGAAGGCCGCCGACAAGCCCGCUGGAGAGACCCCUGACGCCGCUGCCGACGUCGCUGCUCCUACCACUGAGGAGGCAAAGACCGAGGAGGCUGUGAAGGAGCCCGAGGCUGCCAAGGGCGAGGAGACCGUUGAGAAGCCUGAGGAGACCAAGCCCCAGGCCAAGAAGCGCUCUUCUUUCUUCGGCUUCCUUGACAAGAAGGACAAGCCUGUCGAGAAGAAGGAGGAGACUCCCGCCGCUGCUGACGAGUCUGCUGUCACCGCCGACAAGCCCGCUGAGGAGCCCCAGGCUGAGGCCCCUAUUGCCACUGAGCCUGAGGUCGAGGCCGCCAAGACCUCCGAGGAGAAGCCCACUGAGGAGGCUAAGCCCGCCGAGAGCCCCAAGGAGAAGACCACCAAGCGCAACAGCUUCUUCGGUGGCAUCCUGUCUAAGAAGGAGAAGAAGGUUGCCGAGGCUAAGCCUGCCACUGAGGCCACCGAGGCCGCCAAGGAUGGCGAGACUGCCACCACUCCUGCCGCUGAGACUGCUCCCGUCAUCCCCCCUGUCGAGGCUACCACUCCCCUCGGCGCGGUUGACGUGAACAACAAGGACACCACUGCUGCCACUCCUGCUGAGGAGACUCCUGAGAGCCCUGCCGCCGCCACCGAGGCUAAGAAGGACCCCAAGGAGAAGCGCAAGUCUUCCCUCCCCUUCCUCGGCAAGCGUGAGAAGUCCCCUGCCCCUGCUGAGGGCGAGACCAAGUCUUCCCACAGCGCUUUCUCCAAGCUCCGUGCCACCAUCAAGGGCAAGAGCGGUGCUGCCAAGACUGAGGACAAGCCCGCUGAGGAGUCCAAGAAGGACGAGGAGGCUGCUGCUGAGACCAAGGCUGAGAAUGACAAGGCCCCGGUCGUCCCCGAGCCCGCCACCGCCGAGCCCGUCAAGGAUGAGGCUGCUAAGCCCGCCGAGACCGAGACCAAGCCCGAGAACGUGACCACCACCACCCCUGCCGUCACUGCUGCCGCUUAG